ACUAUGUCUACUUUGAGAACUCCUCCAGCAACCCGUACCUGAUCCGCAGGAUUGAAGAGCUCAAUAAGACAGCCAACGGGAAUGUGGAGGCCAAGGUGGUGUGUUUCUACAGAAGGCGGGAUAUUUCCAGCAGUCUCAUCGCCCUGGCUGACAAGCAUGCAACCCUGUCAGUCUGCUAUAGAGCCGGACCGGGGGCGGACACCGGCGAGGAAGGGGAAGUGGAGGAAGAGGUGGAGAACCCGGAGAUGGUGGACCUGCCUGAGAAACUCAAGCACCAGCUGCGGCAUCGCGAACUGUUCCUCUCUCGGCAGUUGGAGUCGCUGCCUGCCACCCACAUCAGGGGCAAGUGCAGUGUCACACUGCUCAAUGAGACCGAGUCGCUCAAGUCCUACCUGGAGCGUGAGGAUUUCUUCUUCUAUUCUCUAGUCUACGACCCACAGCAGAAGACCCUCCUGGCUGAUAAAGGGGAAAUCCGAGUAGGAAACCGGUACCAGGCUGACAUCACUGACUUGCUGAAAGAAGGUGAGGAGGAUGGCCGUGAUCAGUCGAAAUUGGAGACCAAGGUGUGGGAAGCGCAUAACCCACUUGUGGAUAAGCAGAUCGACCAGUUCCUUGUAGUGGCCCGCUCCGUGGGCACCUUUGCACGGGCCCUGGAUUGCAGCAGCUCCGUGCGGCAGCCUAGCCUGCACAUGAGUGCCGCGGCAGCCUCCCGAGACAUCACCCUGUUCCAUGCCAUGGACACGCUGCACAAGAACAUCUAUGACAUCUCCAAGGCCAUUUCAGCCCUCGUGCCGCAGGGUGGGCCGGUGCUCUGCAGGGAUGAAAUGGAAGAGUGGUCUGCAUCGGAAGCCAACCUUUUUGAGGAAGCUCUGGAAAAAUAUGGGAAGGAUUUCACAGACAUUCAGCAAGAUUUUCUCCCCUGGAAAUCGCUCACCAGCAUCAUUGAAUAUUACUACAUGUGGAAGACGACCGACAGAUACGUCCAGCAGAAACGUUUGAAAGCAGCUGAAGCGGAGAGCAAGUUAAAGCAGGUUUAUAUUCCCAACUAUAACAAGCCAAAUCCAAACCAGAUCAGCGCCAACAGUGUCAAGGCCAGUGUAGUGAAUGGCACAGGGACACCAGGCCAGAGCCCCGGGGCUGGCCGGGCCUGCGAGAGCUGUUACACCACACAGUCUUACCAGUGGUAUUCUUGGGGUCCCCCUAACAUGCAGUGUCGCCUCUGCGCUUCUUGCUGGACAUAUUGGAAGAAAUACGGUGGCUUGAAAAUGCCAACCCGGCUAGAUGGAGAGAGGCCGGGACCAAAUCGCAAUAACAUGAGUCCCCACGGCAUCCCAGCCCGGAGCAGUGGGAGCCCCAAGUUUGCCAUGAAGACAAGGCAGGCCUUCUACCUGCACACUACCAAGCUGACACGCAUUGCCCGGCGCUUGUGCCGUGAGAUCCUACGCCCAUGGCAUGCCGCGCGACACCCCUACAUGCCCAUCAACAGUGCAGCAAUCAAGGCUGAGUGCACUGCACGGCUGCCGGAAGCGUCCCAGAGCCCACUGGUGCUGAAGCAGGUAGUGCGGAAGCCCCUGGAGGCUGUACUCCGGUAUCUUGAGACCCAUCCCCGCCCCCCUAAGCCUGACCCUGUGAAGAGUUCAUCCAGUGUGCUCAGCAGUCUGACCCCUGCCAAGUCAGCCCCCGUCAUCAACAAUGGCUCCCCCACCAUCCUGGGCAAGCGGAGCUAUGAGCAGCACAACGGGGUGGAUGGCAACAUGAAGAAACGCCUCUUGAUGCCCAGUAGGGGUCUGGCAAACCAUGGACAGACCAGGCACAUGGGACCAAGUCGGAAUCUCCUGCUCAACGGGAAGUCCUACCCCACCAAAGUGCGCCUAAUCCGCGGUGGCUCCCUGCCUCCUGUCAAGCGGCGGCGAAUGAACUGGAUUGACGCCCCAGAUGACGUAUUUUACAUGGCCACUGAGGAGACCAGGAAAAUCCGCAAGCUGCUCUCAUCCUCAGAAACCAAGCGUGCUGCCCGCCGGCCCUACAAGCCCAUUGCCCUGCGCCAGAGCCAGGCCUUGCCGCUGCGGCCACCCCCACCUGCACCAGUCAACGAUGAGCCCAUUGUUAUUGAGGACUAGGUGGCCACCCGCAGUGUGGCCUGCCUGGGCCCCUGCAUCAGCCCCAGAGUAUCCAGUGAGGCCUGCAGAGGCCAAGUGGCCUCCCUCCCCC